UCCUCACCAGUGUGGGAGCUGCCCUAGUACAGUCUUCUGUGCAGGAAGAAGGCUGUAUUCAUGGCCACAUUGGUAAUGUGGACUCUCGGAGGAGUGAUACUGCACUAGAGAGAAUGAAUCACCAAGAGAGAGUCAGACCUGGAACUGCAGCUCCAGCAGAAGAGAGAAGCUGCUCCUGGCUAAACCCCUGGGUCUUCCUUGUUUCUGUCCUUGCCAUCAAAACUGCCUUUGUAACCAUCUGCCUUGUUAUUUUCCUUCAUGGAAGUUAUGGCCAGAACAAGAUUCUGCUCCAGAAUGAUCCAGAAUGGCGCUGCAUCCCCAAUGUAUCUGCAGGCAAAAAAAAGGGCUGGAUGUGCUGCCCGAAGGGCUGGAGAUACUUUCAAGAAAAGUGCUAUUAUCUGUCCACUGAUAGGAUGUCUUGGGUUGAGAGUGAGCAGAACUGCACUGGGAUGGGCUCCCACCUCGUGGUCGUCAACAGCAAAGCAGAGCAGGAGUUCCUCUUCAACUUGGCAAAAGGAGUAUUUACUAAUACCUAUGAAACAAAAUACUACAUAGGCUUAACUGCUUACAAUAAUGGGCAAUGGCAGUGGGUGGAUCAGACUCCAUACAAGAAAGCAGCCACGUUCUGGAAACCUGGGGAACCCAAUUUGCUCUUUGCAGAAAAAUGUGCUGCAAUUCACAUCAAGGGAAACACAGACUCCAGCACUUAUAGUAACUGGAAUAACAUUCUUUGCUUCACAAGUUGCUAUCGAAUUUGUGAAAUGGCAGUCAAAUUUGUCUAAGGAAGGAAAUUUCACUUUGGAUGAAGGACUUGAAGGAGUAUCCUUGAGAAAGGGCAGCUCAUGAAAUAUCUGAUGAAAAGCUAGCCUCAGCUCACACAGAUGCUUUAUCUUGUGAUGCAGGAUGAGCAAGCCUGCCACAGAAUCUGAACUUUGAAGGACCUCAGUUCCCAGCCUGUGCCUCUGCAUCUCUUUUCAAGCUGGAUAUCAGUCCUGGAUGAAAUCACUCAGGCUAAUGUCAAGGACCUACUGUGCCCCUUUUCACUCUCCUUCAUAGGAGACACUUAACACACGGUCGUGCUUUGAGCCUAGUCGGCAGCCAAACACCACGCAGCCACUUUCUCCCC